CCCCAAAGGGCUGAACCUGUACUCAAGGAAUGUGUCUCCAUGAAUUUUAAAACCCUGAAAGUCGUGUCAGGCUAUGGCCUUUAGUUAAUCUCAAAACCCUCGCGUUUUACAGACUGCGCAACUAUGAUCUGGUGGUUUACUCUUCUGGCUGCUUUGGCGCUUUUGCCCGCGCUGCUGGGAACUUUCUACCCGUAUUUUUUCCAGGACUGCGUUUACAUCUACAGAGCUGUUGGAUUUGGGAUCAGAUUAAUAAAAUACAGCAAGAAAACUCCGUUCUAUAGCAUUGUGGACUGUUUUUUGGACGCGGUGAAGAAACAUCCGAAGAAAGCGUUCGUGCACUUCGAGGGCAAGACUUUCACUUAUUUAGAUGUGGAGAGACAGAGCAACAAAGUCGCGAACGCGCUGCGCUCCGUGGCCGCGCUCAAAGAAGGGGAUACAGUGGCGCUUUUCAUCGGAAACGAGCCGUGCUUUAUGUGGACCUGGCUCGGCCUGGCUAAGCUGGGCUGUCCCGCAGCACUCCUGAACUUCAAUAUCAGAUCCAGAUCACUCCUUCAUUGCUUCUCCUGCUGCGGCGCAAACGUGCUUAUAGCAGCUGCUGACCUCCGUGAUGCUGUUGAGGAGAUCCUGCCUGCACUGAAGGAGAAGGGGAUAACUGUAUAUCUCCUGUCGGAUGAACAAAGUGCAAACGGCAUUCACAGCAUCAAUCAGAAGAUUGCAGAGGCGUCUGAUGAACCACUGUCCCCAUCGCUGAGGUCCAAUGUCCGGAUCAGGACUACAGCACUGUAUAUCUACACCUCCGGCACCACAGGUCUUCCUAAGGCUGCAUACGUGACCCAUGAGAGGGUCUGGGCUGCGUCAUUUAUCCAGGGUGUGUGCGGGGCGACUUCUGAAGACAUAUUUUAUUUAAACCUGCCUCUGUAUCACAGCGCUGGAUUCCUCAUUGGACUUGCCGGAUCCAUUGAGAGAGGUAACACUAUUGUUUUGAAGAGAAAGUUUUCUGCCUCUCAAUUCUGGGACGACUGCAGAAAACACAACAUAACUGUGAUGCAGUACAUUGGAGAAACGAUGCGUUACCUCUGUAAUACGCCAAAGAAAGAAAACGACCGUGACCACAAAGUGAAGAUCGCCAUCGGCAAUGGUGUGCGACCAGACAUCUGGAAGGAGUUCCACAACCGUUUUGGACGCAUUUAUGUUCGGGAACUUUACGCCGCCACCGAGGGGAACGUCGGUUUUAUCAACUACACCGAUAAAGUCGGAGUGAUCGGUCGAAUCAAUAUUCUCUCUAAGGUAUUGUUCCCCUUUGCACUGAUCAAGUUUGACAUUGAGAAAGACGAGCCAGUGAGAAAUUCCCAGGGUCUGUGUAUCCCAGCUGGAAAAGAUGAAGUGGGACUUCUGGUCGGGAAAAUUACUAAACAUACUCCUUUCGUUGGCUACGCUGGAAACAAACAACAAACAGAUAAGAAGAGACUCAGUGAUGUGUUCGUGAAAGGAGAUCUGUAUUUUAACAGCGGGGACUUGCUGCGGAUCGACCAUCAAAACUUUGUCUAUUUUCAAGAUCGAGUUGGAGACACUUUCAGGUGGAAAGGAGAAAAUGUGGCUACAACCGAGGUGGGCGAUAUUCUCGGUAUGGUGGACUGCAUUGAUGAGGCCAAUGUAUAUGGAGUGAAAGUUGAAGGUCAUGAAGGAAGGAUCGGAAUGGCUGCCGUUACACUGAAGGAAGGCAGAGAGUUCGACUGCGUCAACACAUGCAGCGUUCUGGCAAACUAUCUACCAGUGUAUGCCAGACCGCGUUUCAUACGAAUUCAGAAUUCCAUGGAAAUCACAGGAACGUUCAAGAUGAAGAAAGUGAAACUGGUAGAGGAAGGUUUCGACCCCGCACAGAUACAAGAUCCGCUUUACUUCCUGGAUUUGACUCAGAAGAAAUACAUUCCACUAACUCAGGAGAUUUUUAAUUCCAUCACCUCGCAAGACAUCAAACUGUGAAACCCGUAAUGAAGCUAAACCUACCGCUUGAAAAUCACUUACCAGUAGACCACUAAUCUCAGGGAACACGAUUACAGUGAAAAUAACUUCAACAUUCAUCUACCUUUACAGACCAGAACAGUCAACAGUUUUACAUCUUAUAAUAGAAAUGUAUAGAACGUGUUUUAACCAUGUGCCUUAAUAAUGUACAUUAUGAUCUGUUGUCUUUUAAUAAAGUCUUAAGAAUCCACUAA